CACAAAAGGGUCGGAGCUGAUCUGGAGGAGGAACCGCGUUACAGAGCAAGAGAGAAGACGACAGGGCAAAUUCCAGCCCUUCAGACGACUCUUUGGGAGGAAGAAGAAGAGGGAGGCGAAGGGGGGCUUUGAUGGAGCAGAGCUAAAGGCCAGCUUUUCUACCGGGGAAGUGUGUAAUGGAGUCGUUUCUGACGAUGAGGAGUCCAGUCAAAGUCUGAGGGAGCUGAAUCCCAUCGGAUCUCGAGCCCUCUCACACGACAGCAUCUUCAUCCCAGAGGAGCCGGCGGACGAGCCCGGUCCGGAUCAAACCAUGUCCCAGGAAAACGUCUCGGAUAAAGUGAGGAACCUGCAGCGGCAGAUAGCACAAGGUAUCAAGUUUGGCCAGAGGCCUCCUUCUCUGAGGAAAAGUGAGGGAGAUGAGGGAAGUUCAGAUGAGGAAGAGGUUCCCCGGAGUCCCCUGAAGGUUUUGGCCCAGGUGGAAGCCGAGCCAGCAACAACAGAGCCAAAGCAGGUCCAGGGCGCUCAACAAGCCGGACCACACAGCACUCCAGUGAGGUCACCGAGGUCCCGACGAGUUCUUCCGCCCACCGGCACCAUCGAGUCCAUCAAUCUGGACUCGGUCCCACAGUCGGGCCCUCGCUUAGACAACACCGCCGCCAAGCAUAAACUGUCCGUCAAACCCAAAAACCAGAGGGUUUCCCACAAACACCGGCGCUUCACACAGGACUUCCAAGAGGUUUCGAUUCCCGGCGCGGUGCAGGAGGACCUCGAGGCAGCAGGCGUCUCCACGGACGCCCAGCGCAGAGCAUCUGUCGAGAGCCUGGAAAGCUUCAAGAAACAGAGACUCCAUGAGGAGGAGAGACAGGAGACGAGGAGGAAGAGGGAGCUGGAGGAGCAGAGGCUCAAACAUGAGGAAGAGGAGAGGAGGAAGAGAGCGGCAGAGGAGCUGAGGAUGCGUGAGCUUGAGGAGGAGAGGUGUCGUAAACAGCAGGAGGAGGAGGAGCGAAGACUCAGAGAGGAAGGGGAGAGAAGGAGGAGGGAGGAAGAGGAGAGAAGGAUCAGAGAGGAAGAGGAAAGGAAGUGGCGAGAGGAGGAGGAAAGGAGGAUGAGGGAGGAGGAGGAGGAGAGGAGACGACUGGAAGAGCAGAGGAGGAAACAACAACAGGAGGAGGAGGAAGCGAGGAGGCAGCGGGAGCUUGAGGCCGAGAGGAAGAGGAAGCUAAGGGAGGAGGAGGAGGAAAGGAAGCAAAAGGAGGAAGCGGAGAAGCUGAGGUUGCAGGAGAUUGAGGAAAAGAAAAAGAAGGAGGCAGAGGAGAGGAUGAGGAAGGAGCAGCAGGAGGAGCUGCGCUGGAAGGAGAUGGAGGAGAGACAGAGGCCUUUCUCCUUCAAAGUGUCCUCCGGGGAAAAACAGAUUUUGUUCCAGAAGGUCCACCUGACGCCCGUCACGCCGGCGUCCAGCCACCAGAGCGGAAGUGUGUCCGAGCACAGAGAGAGCGCCAAGGCCUCCUCCUCCUCCUUCUCCUCCUCCGAGGGACCAGAGUCCCCCAACCUGCCCACGUCUCCGUACGUCCCCCACACCGCCAUCUUAGUGACAGGCGCCCAGCUCUGCGGGACGGCCGUCAAUCUGGACCAGAUCAAAGACACGGCCUGCAUGUCCCUGCUGGGUUUGGGCGACGAUAAAAGGGCGCAGGGAACACCGCCGACCAAGACCAAGACUUCACCGGACCGUAAAUCUGGCAAAACCAAAUCGCUCAACGAGUCCUCGCUCUCCCCGGACCAGUCCGUCCUGGCCGAAUGGGCGAGCAUCAGGUCCAAGAUAUUCAAGGGGGUUGAGGAGGGGAAAUACGACGAGCAACCGGAACCGAGCAAGAACCAGCCCGGCGGCGAAGACCAGCCAGCGUUCUCCCACACGAACCUCAGGAAGACCAUGUCCGCCAGCGCCAAGUUCUCCAUCACCCCUGCGAAGAAGAAGUUCGGAGAUUCAAACAGGAACUCUGAGGUGUUUGGCGCCGACGAGAAGGACGCAGGAGAGGAAGCUUCUCUGUCUGACAGCACCGCCUCGCCAUCUCCGACCAGCAAACCUCAGAACAGGACGAGCAAAACCGUCCGCAUCGCAGAGAGAGGCUCAGAGGAGUGCAUGUUCGCCAAAGACCUCCCCUCCUUCCUGGUUCCCAGCCCGGGAGCCAAAGCCGAACCGUCGGAGUCAGAGUCCGAGGCGUCCGAGAGCAGAGAGGAGGGCGAGGACCGAGGCCAGGAAGGCGACGACCAGCCCUCGCCGUUCGGCAUAAAGCUGAGGAGGACCAACUACUCGCUCCGCUUUCACAGCGAGCAGUCCACGGACAAGAGGAAGAAGCGAUACAGCGCCGGGGACAGCUUCGACGGCGUCCCCUCGCCUCUCACCCCCAUCGAGCCGGACUCCGACACCUCCUCCGUCUUCUCCGACAAAUCCACGAGUCCCACGUCGCCUCAGAGAGAAGGCCCGGCGGGCAAAUACUUACACGCCUCCCCCUCCGGCCCUCGGGCUAAACUGGGUAAAUCUACCAGCCCAACCCCACAUGGAGAAGGUGAGAAAGUGCUCUCCAAGCCACCGAUCUACCGGAGACCCACAACGUCACCAAAACCGAGCGGUGCGGUCCCCACGCCUCCGCCGUCGCCGCUACCCAAAGCUGUCCAAGGGCCUCCCAGAGAGGCCGAGAUCCAGAGGACGGAGGAACCGUCGGCGGUGGCUCAGCUUCACCGGAGCAGCCAAGGCCAGGUCCAAGUGGAGGAGGAGCCGAAGGAGAAGAGAUCCUUCUUCCCCUCCAUUAACAUCCCCUGGAGAGAGAAGACCGACAGGAAGGCAGAGCUCAUCAAGAGAGAAAAACCAUCGCUGCAGAGCAGGCACUCUCUGGACAGCUCCAAGGUCCAGGAGAAGGAGGCCGGGCCCUUGUGGAUCACUCUGGCUCUGCAGAAGCAGAAGGGCUUCAGGGAGCAGCAGCACAACCGAGAAGACCGGCGGGGCCACCGAGAGGCCAAACUGUCUGAAAAACACUCCCAACACAGAGACAGUGCGACCCUGCUGAGCCCCACAGAGAGCAAAGGGAGCAGCAGCACGAGUCCGUCUUCUAAACCGCGGACGCCAGAGGAGCCCAAGAGACCCGACAGCCUGCUGGGACGAUUUGAGCGCCGAGAACACCUGAAAAAAGCCAACACUUUACCGAGCUCCGUCACCGUUGAGAUCGCAGACUCCACGCCGUCGCCUCCUGCCGUCAAGGAGGUGUCGAAGCGCUUCCCGUCCAGCGACUCGCCGCAGGUGUGCACGGAGCCGGCGUGGCUGGCGCUGGCCAAGAGAAAGGCCAAAGCGUGGAGCGACUGUCCUCAGAUCAUCAAAUAACAAACCCCACCCACCCACCAAUCCACCCAUCACGGCUUCACAGCGGGCUCCGGCCUGCGAUGAGACUGCACACUGCCCACUGGACUCUGAGGCACCUGGAGAGUCACCACCACCUGCCCCCCCCUCCAAAACAAAGAAAACUCACCAUAAAAACAUCCUGACUGUGAAACAAGUAAAGCCCUCCAUCAUCAUCUUCAUCAUCAUCAUCAUCCUCGUGACCCCACACACACUGGCUGGUACUAUUAUCAUGUUAAAAGUGCGCUUCACAUUCAAAUACUCCGAUACAAUCGCACAGAUAUAUGUAAACAAUUGUUGAGCGCAUGCACAUACUGUAUACAAACACAAAGUAUAAUGUCCCACAUGUCGGAGUUUGGGAUGAGGGGUGGGGGUUGGAUCAGCCAAUCACAACCAUUGCAAUAGCCAACCCCAAUUCUUUUUUAAUUUAUUUUGUAGCCAACUGUGUUACCAUGGUUGUAAAUAAAUCAUUCGCUCCGCACAAUAAAAAGGUGAAGCACUUCUUUAGGCGAGAGGUGAAGCUCUGACAUGUGACGGUGUUUAAUCAGCAGAGGGAAACUGUCUGGAUCGUGUUUUAAAGGGCUACCAGUAUCAAUAACUCACCAUGACCCUGUUGGAUAUACUUCUAUAAAUGGAAGGGUUACAGGUAUUAUUUAUGUAAAGCAAAAGGAUUUUUCUAUGUGGUAACUAUGGAUGGAUUACUGAACGGGUCAGGGGCCCAAAGUGUCAGCGGCCCCUAUGAAUAGACUCAAAACGACUACAAAGAGAACAAGACAACCACAAAGAGAGACAAAAUGACCACAUGGAGACUCAAACUGACUACAGAGAGACAUAAAACCCCUAAACAGAUUAAAAACAGCUGCAAAGAGGACACAGACUCACAAUGACUAUUAAAGAAGGCAAAACAGCCACAAAGAGACACAAAGCAACUACAGGGAGACUCAAAAUCACUACAAAGAGAAAUUAAACAACUAUAAAGAGACAAAGAAUGAACACAGAUAGAUGCAAAACAACCACAAAGAGACACACAACAACUACAAGGAGACUUAAACUGACUACAAAGACACACAAAAGAGACACAAAGCAACUACAAAUUGUCACAAAAUUACCACAAAGAGGCACACAACAACUACAAAGAGACUCAAAUCGACUACAAAUAGACACAAAAUAACUAUAGAGAUGAAAAAUUGCUUCAAAGUGAACAUAGCCACGACCAUGAAAAGGGGCGGAACGGCCACAAAGAGACGCCAAUAAACUACAAAGAGACUCAAAACCAUUACAAAAAGAAACUAAAUGACUACAAAGAGAUUAAAAAUCACUAUAAAGACACAAAAUGACUACAAAGAGACUGAAAAUCAUUACAAAGACACACUAAAUGACUAGAAAAAGACUCAAAAUCCCUACAAACACAUUAAAUGACUACAAAGAGACUCACAAUGACUACAAAGAGACUCAAAAUCACCACACAGAGAUGCAAAACAGCCACAGAGAGACACACAACUAUUA